CUUGCCUAGUCGAACACCUCACUGCCGCCCACUACCGCUCUCCUCCUCCUCCUCCUCUUCUUCUUUCCUCUCUUCUCUCCUUCCUCUUCCUUUCCUCAUCCAUACAUUCCUUCUCCCUCACCGGGUAUCUUCAUUUGCAACCCACAAUCUUUUCGCAGCGCGACACCUUUCUCCCCUCCCCAUAUUACGGCAGCCUCCCCCUCUUCCUUGUCGCGAUUCCUCUCUUCUCUUCCUUCUCCCUAUCGCUUCCCCCAGUCUUUUCUUCGCUGCGAAAAAAAAACAUCUCUCACUGCAGUCAUUCUUUUCAAAACAACGCCCUUCACCACCACCACGCUCUCUUCAAAAAUACCUAGACAAUCCGCCUCGGCCAUCUCGCGCACGAAACGAAAACACAGAGUAACAACAACACGAUGUACUCCAAGUCAAUCUUCUUGGCCGUCUCGCUCCUCGCCCUGGAGGCGAGCGCCUUUUGGCGUCUCCCCUGCAGGCAGCGUCUCGCCUUGGAGCGAGUGGAUCCCAUCGACACUCCCGGAGUGAUCGCGAAGCACGUGCAUACGAUCCACGGCGGUAACGGUUUCUCGAAGGAUGCUACUAAUGCCGACAUGCGUGCGUCCACCUGCACGAGUUGCUCCGUCAAGGAGGACAACUCGGCCUACUGGACUCCCAACUUGUACUGGCAGAGUCCCGAGGGAAUGUUUACCGCGGUCAACCAGACCGGAGGAAUGCUUGUCUACUACCUCCAGCGUGGAGAGAAUGUCCAGGUCUUCCCAGAGGAUCUGCGCAUCAUCGCGGGUGACUCUUCGGUGACUUACAACAUCUCACAGUACGCGGACACCCCCAAGUCCGAGUGGGCCAACCUUGGCCUCUCGACGGACCAGAGCUUCCUGAGACAGAAGGCUAUCGGAUACAAUUGCCUUAAUUACGCUGCUCCCGCCGAGGCCGCUCUGGGUCUGGCCAGGAUCCCGCAAGAUCGCCGUUGCCCCGAUGGUCUCCGCGCGGAAGUCUUCUUUCCUAGCUGCUGGGAUGGAAAGAACUCGGACUCCUCUGAUCACAGGUCGCACAUGGCUUACCCCAGCACCAUGGACGACGGUGACUGUCCCGAUGGAUUCCCCGUCCGUGUGCCUUCGCUCUUCUUCGAGACCAUCUGGAACGUAGAUGCCUUCUACGGACAGGGUGGCCAGUUCGUGUUUUCUCACGGCGACCAGGAUGGUGAUGGCGGUCAUGGUGAUUUCUUCAACGGAUGGCAGCAGGACGUUCUGGAGCGUGCCAUCAACACCUGCACCGACCCUUCCGGUGUUGUUGAGAAGUGUGGAGAGUUUACUUUCAACACUGUCGAGGAGUACAGCGCAUGCACGAUUGAGCCUGAGAUUCACGAGGACGUCUGGGGCCCGAUGGCCAAGCUACCUGGCUGCAACAACCUUCGCGCCGCCGAUGGAUCCGUCGUGAACUCUUCGUGCGACGAUGACACUUCGGUCGUUUCGUCCUCCAAGACCAAGAGCACCGCGAAGUCCACCUCCACCAAGGCCUACUCGACCGAGUCCGUCGAGACCGCCGCCGCGACCACUGCCACUGCCGCGGCUACCGCCAGCCCGUACCCCACCCUCGACGACGACGAGUCCGUCGGCAAGGAUGAGGAGACCGAGGUUGUCGAGAACGACGACCCUUACCUUGUCAUCAUCACUGUCACUGAGUACGAGUACAAGCAUGUGAAGACCACGACCACCGUGAAGGCGCCCGCAGCGGUGAAGACGGUGACCGCAGCCCCCGUGUACGAGACGGCUUACGCUAAGCGUCACCUCCACAACCACGGAAAGCGUCACGCCCACCGCAACUAGGGAGCUUCUGACGGAUAGGUUGGGGGUAUCUGCUAGGCUGGGAACUGGGCGGAGGGGAUUUUCACUUCUUGUUCUUUCUUCUGUUUCAUUCUUCUAACGAAAUAACUUUACGAUUCAAGUUUGUGACUUGGUUUUUCAUGC